CAUGUACAUACAGUACAUUGUGUAACUUGUACAUGCACAGUACAUGCACAAUGUAAGCCUUGGCCUUCAGUGCUUGCUUGUCUGCAUAACAUCUGCCUUCAGUGACUGUAAAGCCAGGGGGAUCAAAACCCGACAGACACUGUGCACACAGGGCAAAGGGUAAACUCAUGUGGUGAAGCAGUAGGGUUUAGCGUACACUGUUGGAGCAUGUUGUGGCUGAGUGUGGGUUCUCACAAAGGCUCUGCUGUGCAGUGAAGCCUGUGUAUUGGGGAGUGAAGUGAAGUGGACAAUUGCUGAUGCAGCAGCUGGACAGCACGGUUCAGUUCCGACCCUCCUGUCUGGGUUGUGGUUGUGAAGUUACAGGUAGGCCUAGUAGAAGUACAAUACAGUACCGGUACACGCUGCCCUGACUGCCCACUGACCGUCAUCACUGCAUGCACCAGCAGGCAAAUUUAGACUUAACAGACUAAUAACAGCAAUAAGGGCCUAGCAUGAUUGGAAAACUGAAGGAAGAAAAAUUGUAAAACACAUGCAAGAAAGUGACUGUGGGCGCUCGUGCAUAUUUGUGCUGCAAAACCGAAGGAGGGUUAAACUGCAAACUUGCUGCUUUGGUGUAAAAAAAAAAGGAGCAGAGGCAGAUGUUCAGAAGAGAAAGUGGACAGUGGAAAAGAAGAGACCAUAUGACGAUGCCCACCUAUUGCUUUUCCAUGUGGGAUGCCUGAUCACUGAACUUGGUACCACUACCUCCAUCUUAAGCAUGACCCCAAGUCAUAUCUAAGCCUCACUGUCUUCCAUGUCCUUACAGCCAAUCGUGGCCAUCAGCGAUCUGGCAGAAGCUUUGCAACUAUACCAGGAAACUAGCAGUUAGUUGAGCUACCUGGCCAAGCUGACACUGCCACGCAGUAGUGCUGUUGUCCAUCAAGCGAAGCUUCCCAUCUGUGCUGGAGCUUCCCAUUUGUGCCAAGUGACUCAAUAAUUUGCUGCAUCAUCAUGGACAGCCUGACCCCAGUGCUCGUUCAAGGCACAGACCAGAUUGGUGAUGCGGCCCCUGACCAGGAUCGUGAUCUUCCCAGUGGCACAGCCACAAGGACAGAGGCGGUUGAAUCGACGGGUCUUGCCACAAGGUCAUUCGCGUUCCCGGCCCUUGAUCCCGGCCCAAGCAGCUCGGGCUUACCCUCUGGCUCCCAAUUUGACUACUUCUACUUGGAUGACAUCAAACAGGAACAACUGGAUUCUGAUGAGUUUGAGCAGGAGGAAAUAGACUAUGAGGAGGAUGGCGAGGAGGGCAGUGGUGACUUUUCAGAAGAGAGUGACUUCUCUCCAACACAAUCAGAGGAGGAAUCUUCCGAUUCCUCAUUUGGUGAGGCGCCUCCGGCCAAGAGGGCACGCAAGCAACAGCCACUGAAAAAGAAGCAAAACUCGGUGAGUGUUGCAAACUGGCUCCAGGGUGGUGCAAGUCACUCACGGGACGGUCGCGGCUGGACCAGAGACCUAAAGAAUGUACCUGUGCACGAUUUCGAAGGUUGCCUGCCAUAUGGUCCGACCAUGGAGCGGCCGCCAGACGAUAGCCCCCUGGCCUACUUCGUGAGCUUCUUUCCAAUGUCCCUCUUCUCCCAGAUUGCACGGUACACUAACAUAGCUGGCCAGUCCAACCCAAACUUCAGCAAGAACACCACCCCGGCAGAGAUCAAAGCCUGGGUGGGGAUCCGCAUGAUCCAAGGUGUGCACUCCAACAUCAACAAUGAUGAUGAUUGGUCCACCCAUCCCGGACUGAGAAAUAACCUGGUGGCAUCCACGAUGACUCGGGCAAGAUUCAACAUAAUCUCAGAGCACCUGGCCUGCACCAAUCCGAUCAAACUGGCCCAGAAAGCCCAGGGCCAGAAAGACAGCCUGCUUGCCCCGGUCAAGCUCAUCUGGAAUACCGUCAACAAAGCUUGCAGGGCCAACUACAACCCAAGAAGGGAGCUCUGCCUGGAUGAGGUACUGAUCAAGACUAACUGUAGGAAGCCUUUCUUUCCCCAACGCCAAGCCGAGUUGGGUUCCAACAUCUACGCGGUCUGCGAGUCCAGAACAGGAUACCUUCUGCGCAUGAUGGCGCAUUCGGAGUCGGGCCACAAACGGCUGGAGGUCCCUCUCCAGAUAAUGCAGCCCUUCCUGGGACGGUACCAUCAGCUGUUCUGCAGAACACAGUACACAUCCACCACCCUUGCAAAAGACCUGCUGGUGAACCAGACGUACCUCUGUGGCACUGUGAGCCUGUCGUCUAAGGGCUUGCCGGAUGACUGUUACACCCGGAAGAACAAAAGCAGCAUAAUGAAAAUGAUGCUGAAAGCUCCCCGAGGCACCACCCACACCUGGCAACAGGGGCAGAUGACAAUGGUUGUCUACCGAGAUGUAAAGGUGAUGCCGCUCCUCUCCACGUGCCACCAGGGGAAGCGGGACCCGCUGAAGGAUUUCAUCACGCGAAACGUCAGGAAGAAAGGCACGUCGGAGGUCACAUCCACAAGCAUCCCAGCCCCCACCCAACUCAUCGAUUUCAUGAAGUUCAAAAGCGGGGUGGAGCACUCCAAUCAGCUGCGCUCCUACCAGUCUUGCAACCGACACUUCAGGGCCUGGAAGAAGGUCUUCUUUCUCCUCAUCGACGUUGCUCGCGUGAACGCCUGGAUCUGCUACAAGGCCCUCACCGAGGGCUCGCUGAGCAUGCCGCUCAACCACCGGAUGUUCACUGUCAACAUCGCCACGGCUCUCAUUGCUGGCUUUGCCGAGGGAACGCCAGCGUACCAGGCUGACGUGCCACCAGUUCCAGCCAUCAAUGGUCCAAACCAUGUUUGCAUCCGGAUGAAGGUCAAGAACCCUAAGACGUGCGUCCAGUGUCGCAGGACUGGGCGCAAGACCAAAAACGGGAACUCCAUCAUGACGCGCACGGGCUGUGUCAGCUGCAACAUCCACCUGUGCAGGGGCCAUUGCUUUUUGGAGUUCCACUCUGCCGCCGAGUAGGAUUAUUGCAACCACCUUGCCAUUACAUGUAGCUGAGAGAACUUUACACUGCAAACAUGAUCCCAGAGACCCCUUGGGAUAAUGAGCCAGUGUAGGUACAUGUACAUGUACAUUUCAAAACCAGACAAUGCCACUCAAGACAAAGGCUCAAGUGCGAGUUGACGCAUGGCCUUUCUGGCACAUACAUGUAUAUGUACGUUGUUUGUGCAUACCGCUGUUCUUGAAUGACAUGAGAUGCGCUUACAUGUAUUUUGGGCAUGCAGAGGCAUUUUGGAAUACCAAACUGGCUUGUAGGUGCCGUAGGUGUAGCUCACUAUGGCGGUGCACCGCAGCAGUGCACAGGUUUCUCUGCAGACAAAUAACCCUUGCUCUUCAACGUACAUGUACAUGUAUUGAAAUGCUCUGGAAGCUACCUGUACAUUAAGGCAACGGUAAGAGGCCAACCUUUCAGCUGACAGACCAAUGAAGAUGUCGCC